CAAACUUAUUUUAAUCUCUCUUCCAUUAAUUACUUUGAUCAAAUCAAUUUUAAUGGACAACUUUAAUGGCAUGGGAUACAGAUUCCAUCCCACUGAAGAUGAAAUCAUCAACCAUUUUCUUGAAUUAAAGAUGAAGUAUGGCACUGAUUUCUCAGCAGUAAUUAAGGAAGUCGAUAUUUCCAAUUUUGAACCUUGGGAAUUGCCUGACCAGUCACCACUAUCCUCAGAUGAUCAAGAGUGGUACUUUUUCAGUACAAUUGCUUAUAAGCCUUCCAAUAAGAGUACUAGUAAAAGAGUGGUUGAAAGAACAACUAGGGCUGGAUUUUGGAAAGUCACUGGCAAAGAUCGUGAAAUCUACGACGACAACAGUGGACAACUGAUUGGUAAAAGAAAAGCUUUGGUUUUCUACCAAGGUCAUGGUUCUAAUGCCGUCAAGACAAAUUGGGCGAUGCAUGAAUAUCAUUCCCAGACAGUACAUCAGAACACUUAUGUUCUCUGUCGUUUAAGAAGAAAAUCAGAUGAUGCAGAAGAUGAUCAACCAAGUUCCCGUUCGGCUUCUACUUCACGACAUUAAUAGCAGAAAUUUGAUAUAACAGCAGUCAUUUUCAGAUGGGAGUCUGAACGGGAAUUUCAAGUGUGGCAUGUUGAUGAAGUCAACUACAGCGCUGGAAUAACUAUGGAGUUAGCUUGAAUAUUUAAUUAGUAAUUAGGACAUACUGUAUUAUGUUUUCAGUAUAUGUAAUGAAAAGUAUUUUCAUUUGUGAGCAUUUAUAACUAAUAUAUGUGAG